AUGAAAUAUUUUAUUAGUGGACUUUUAGUGUAUUUUAGUGCUUUUUUGUCUCGUGGUGUAAUUUAUGCAAAAUUGUUUGGAUUUUUAAUGCAGAAUGAAGCACUGCAGAGUCUAAUACGGGAGACUGAAAUAAUAAAAACAACUUUGUCAAAAAUAAAGAGUCACACAAAGCAAGCCAAAGACUCAGUUGAGUCAAUCGGUAAAGAUCUCGUGUCAUUAGAAUCCUUUAAAAAUGACGGUCUUGUAAGGGUAUCUGCAACUGCGCAGAUGAACAUAGAGAAAACACGGCAACUAUUAGGAGAGGUGAAGACCUUUGGAAAGAAGUACAGCAAAUUAAUUAAAGAAAUAAAAAACAGAACUGAGUCGGCCAGUGCUGCCAGUUUACUGAGCUUAUAUAAAGAGAUAAAGGGUCUUUUAGGCCUUAAAACUACAACGCCUGAAAUAUCUGAGAAAAUAUCUAUAUUAGAGAAAAACUUUGAAAUUCUCAUUUUAACAAUAAUCGAUGCACUUCCAGAGAUAAUUGAAACAGAAGGGGCUGUUUCGUAUGCCAAGGCUGUAAAGAUAUCAAUUGAAGAGUCUCCAAAUGAACUAGAUGGUACAAAAGACAAUAGGUCUAUUAUUGAAGAAAAUACGGGAAGUGCAGGUGGAAAGGAUGUGCUGAGCUGUAACAUAGACAGGAAUAGAAUAUUUGAAGUGUUUUUAGAUUCUGUUGUUAGGCGAUUUACAGAGAACUUGCACAAUACUAAUUUAAUAGGAAAGGAUGAUUUAUCAUUUAUUUUAUCAGACCUAGUGCGAUUAAAGGAAACAGACGGCCUUGCAAUUCCGUCAAAGUACAAAAUAUUUUCUUUUGCAACCAUACAGUACCAUAGAAUGCUUUAUGAGUAUUUAGAGGCAAAUACGGAUAAGUUUGAUCCAAAUGAGUCUAUAGGCAUUCUUCUAUGGUGUAAAAAGUACUAUGCAGAAAUGGAGAAAAUGGGCCGAAUGAAGAGUGCACUGGGUCCUGUUCUAUUUGCAGGGCGGGAAGGCGAUUUAGUGGACAAGUACAUAUCAGCAGCACAAGAAAAGCUGUCUGAGUGGAUACAUAAUCUAGCAAACAUGGAAAGCAAACGGUUUCAGGAAAGAAAAAAGGCACCCGACUUGGAUGGAGACAGCAAGUUCAUAAGCAUCGGAUUCAUGGAUCUACUCCAUAUAAUACGGCAGCAGUUAGAGCCUAUGCAUGUGCACCCAGGAAUAUUCAAAAGAGUGUCAGCGCAUAUUUUAAAGUGUGUGGAAGAGUUUAGAGAGAUACUAAUGGAGGCUGUGAUAACAGAGCUAGACUUGGUUUUAAAGGAUAAAGCUCACAAUGGAUUUGAAGAAUACUGCAUUGCUCUCUCCAACAGCGGGCUUAAAUUCAUGGACUGUCUCCAUACGCUUCCAUUCUACAACGAUCCAAAUAUGCAGUCGAUCAGUAAAGUAUUUUAUGCGUGUAUGGAGCAGUCUAAUGAUGCACUGAUCCGAAAUAUUCUGUAUGUGGUAUCUCCAGCGACUGAAAACAUUUUUACGGAAAAGUGGAUUUCAGAGCCAGUUACACAAACCAUCAUAUCUACAUAUGCUGACUACCUGACAGAUUAUAAGGAGAGUAUGAUAGACUACACAUUUACUUCAUUCGUAUCUGCGCUGUUGGACAGUACAAUAGAACUAUACUUUGAUAGAUUGACUAAAAAGCGCACAGUUUACCGCAAAGAGCAUCUGUCAAUUAUAACUAUGGAUAGAAAAAAGUACAGAGAGUUCUUUUCCAAAUAUUUGUCAAAGAAUUCACUGAAAGAGUCACUCAGAAGAAUGGAUUACUUCAUCUCCAUUACAUCCUCUGACAAUAUAAGCUUAUGCACAUCAGAAGUGAAAUUAUACUUAAAAGACUUCCCCGAUUGCUCAAAGGAAGCGCUCAUAAAAAUACUUAGAAAAAUGCCAGGUGGAAGUAAAGAAUUUAGUAAAGAAGUCAUGAGCAGAAUAUAA